CCACCUUUCUUCCUCAUUUUUCAAAUCCACCGAUUCGAUUCAAAUUCUCUGAAAACCCUAAAGGCCCUUUCUUUCGCUCGAAAGAGGGAAGAAAGCUUUUUUUCUCCUUAUUCCCCUUUCUCUCUCUUGGUCGAAAAAUUUCAUAUAUUUUCCGGUUGAUUUUGUUAAUCGAGUUGGACUUCGUCAGGAUACACAAAAUCACAAAGGUUUAGGAAGAGUGAAAGGGUGAUGGCAAUCACCCCUGAUCAGACAAGGAAAGUUGGGAUGGGGCUGUCACCAUCCCCAUCUCCUUUUCUUACUCCUCGUCCCGAAAGGCGGCGCAAAACGCUUGAGUACAAUCCAAAUCGUCAAGACAAGGAUAAAGAGGUUAAUGUGCAAGUUCUUCUCAGAUGCAGGCCUUUAAGUGAUGAAGAGCAGAAGUUGAAUAUCCAGAAGGUGGUAUCCUGUAAUGAACAGAAAAGAGAGGUCACUGUUAUGCAAAGUCUAAAUAACAAGCAAGUAGAUAAACUGUUCACUUUUGACAGGGUUUUUGGGCCAAAAGCACAGCAAAAAUCAAUAUAUGAGCAAGCCAUUUCCCCGAUAGUUAAUGAAGCUCUCGAGGGAUUCAACUGCACUGUUUUCGCUUAUGGGCAGACGGGAACUGGUAAAACUUACACAAUGGAGGGCGGGAUGAGAAAUAAGAGUGGCAAUUUGCCUACUGAAGCUGGUGUUAUUCCACGGGCUGUUCGUCAAAUUUUUGAUACACUUGAAGCACAAGAUGCUGACUAUAGUGUGAAAGUGACGUUCUUGGAAAUAUAUAAUGAAGAAAUAACUGAUUUACUAGCACCCGACGAGAAUCCAAGAACUGCAGACGACAGGCAAAAGAAAUCUAUUUCGUUGAUGGAGGAUGGAAAGGGUUGUGUGAUGGUAAGAGGCCUUGAAGAAGAAUAUGUAUAUAGUGUAAAUGAAAUUUAUACUCUAUUGGAACGAGGGUCUGCCAAGAGGCGUACAGCAGACACUCUGUUGAACAAGCGCAGCAGUCGCUCUCAUUCUGUAUUUUCCAUUACUGUCCUCAUAAAAGAAGCAACAGUUGGAGAUGAGGAGCUAAUUAAAUGUGGCAAAAUUAAUCUUGUGGAUCUGGCAGGAUCGGAAAACAUAUCUCGUUCAGGUGCACGCGAGGGACGUGCAAGAGAAGCAGGGGAAAUAAAUAAGAGCUUGCUCACGCUGGGCCGUGUCAUAAAUGCACUAGUGGAACAUUCCACUCAUAUACCUUACAGGGACAGUAAGCUUACAAGACUUUUAAGAGAUUCUUUAGGAGGAAAAACAAAAACCUGCAUCAUUGCCACAAUUUCUCCAACUGCUUCAUGCAUGGAUGAAACUCUAAGCACACUGGAUUAUGCCUAUCGUGCCAAGAACAUUAAAAACAAACCCGAGGCAAACCAGAAAAUGUCAAAACCUGUGCUGCUCAAGGAAUUGUAUUCAGAGAUUGAGAGAAUGAAAGAAGAUAUUCGAGCGGCACGGGAAAAGAAUGGUGUUUAUAUUCCACAUGAAAGAUUUGUCCAGGAUGAAGCUGAAAAAAAGGCUACGAUUGAGAGAAUAGAGCAAUUGGAGAAUGACCUCAACCUCACAGAAAAGCAAGCGGAAAGUUUUCGUGAUCUGUAUAUCAGCGAACAAGAACAGAAGCUGGAUUUACAAAGUGAGCUCAAGGACUGCAAGAUAAAUCUGGAUAACUGUAACAAGGCUCUGCUUGAACUUCAAGAGGAUUACCAAACAGCCACCUCAACCUUGAAAGAGAAGGAGCAUAUCAUCUCCAAAAUGCUAGUCUCAGAAAAUCUCUUAAUUGGACGGGCAAAGGAGUUGCGCAGUGAUUUGAAGAAUGCAUCAGAGGAAAUGAAUUCCCUCUAUGAAAAAUUAGAUCAGAAAGACAAGAUGGAAGAAGAAAAUCAGAGCUUGGUUUUGACAUUUGGUUCUCAACUUGAUCGGAGCUUGAAAGACCUACAUAAGAUCAUCCUGGGGUCUGUUUCUCAACAGCAGUAUCAACUAAGAUGCAUGGAGGAGCAUGUUCAGUCAUACCUUGCGAGUAAAUGUGAUGCAGCACAGGUACUGGAAUCCAGGAUUAAGAAGAUAACAAAGACAUACAGUUCUGGAGUAACAACCUUGAAGGAGCUGACCAACAUGCUGCAAAAGAAAGCAUCAUCUGACCUGGACCAAAUAAAUGCUAAGACGUUAUCACAUACAGAGGCUGUUGAGAAGUUUCUUGAAACUGCGGUUAAGGAAGCCAAUGAGGUCAUCCAAGAUAUUCAGCACUCUCUUAAUGAGCAGAAACAGCUAUUGGCUUUCUCCACUCAACAACAAGAGGAGGGAUUGCAAAGAAGCUUGAUGUCAGCAGAAGUAAUUUCGAAGGCCACUGGUAACUUUUUUGAUGACCUCUAUGACCGCACUUGUCAAGUUAUGAGAAAUCUUGAAGAAACCCAAAUUCAACGAGUCAACCAAUUGGUGAAUUUUGAGAAGAUGUUUAAGGAAGAAGCUUGUAGAGAGGAAAAACAUGCUAUGGAAAAAAUUGCAGUAAUUAUUGGGACAUUGACAUCGAAGAAAGCCUUUAUGGUAUCGGAGGCAUCAACCAACAUCAAGGAAAAGAGUAAAGAAGACAACACCAGGUUGCAAAGGGCAAUCUUUAACAUGCAACAAGUGGCAACGGAUGCUAGGACAGAAUUGAGCGAAUAUUUCGGAAAGGUGGAAUGUGAUUUUAUGAAAGACACAUUCUCAGCAGUUGAAUCUCAGGCAAUCAUGGAAAACUGCCUCCAGGAGUGCUCAGAGAGAGUGGGUUACUCUGAGAAACAGUGGGAAAAUGCCCAGUCAGCCAUAAAUACUCUUAAUCAGAACAGUGCUGCAAAUAUCGAAUCUACUGUGAAGGAAAAUAUCUCUGCGAACCAUUCUGCACAUGAAAAGUUUGUUUCUGCAUCUUCCCGUGUGGAUUCAGAUUUCAAUGCUUUAGCCUCCGACACAUUGUCAUGCGUUAAUGAUUCGCUAAUGCUGGACUAUGUAAAGACAAAGGAAAUAGACUCCAUGACGGCUGUGUGCGUUGAUCAGCUUAAAUCAGUACAAGAAAAGCAUGGUGAUGGCGUAUCAACUAUACGAAAUCAAGCGGAAAAGUGCUUUGUAGAAGAUUAUUUGGUGGAGAAGCAUGCUGGUGCGACCAACAAACAAGUCAUUGCUAUCCCCAGCUUGGAAUCUAUCGAGGAGAUGAGAAGCUCCGUCGAAGUCAAAGAAGACGGUUCAUCUGAUAACAAAUUAAAACGGAGCCAAAUGGAAAGCAAGAUGCCGGGUCCUAGAACUCCUUUCGCGGAUGUCAACUGAAUUUUGAGAGAAGAAUUCAAAGUACCUGCUGUAUAAGGUUCCGUUUCAAAAUAUCGAAACAUGCUCAUCAACUGAUGAGUUCCGAGUUGUUUUCUGCUGAUCGAAAAAGUCCUAUGCUGUCGGUGCACGCAGCUCAUUCGGAGAGCGAUGCAUGGCAGGGCCUUGUGUUCCCAUUUAAUCCUUAGAAGUUCAGAAAGAAUUAUGAUUGUAAUAUUUUUGUAGUUUCCGUCUAUGAAAACAUUUACAAGUUUCUCCAACUUCUCUAACUGAUUAAAGUAAUAAUGUUGAAGACUUACCUACA